GAUCGGUUUAUGAGAGGAGACAAGAUCCGUGUUGCUCAAUUAUAUCAAGAGAUUUCGAAUCUAAAGCAAGGAAGCAAGAAAAUCUCUGAUUACUUCACGGAAUUAAGAAGUUUAUGGGAAGAGCUUGAUCAAUAUAGACCAAUGCCGAAUUGCACAUGUCCCAUAACUUGUGCUUGUCUUGCUAUGAGGAACAGCAGAAAUUUCAGAGCUGAAGAUCGUAUCAUACAGUUCUUGAUCGGGUUAAAAGAGGAAUUCCAUGGAGUUGUUUCCCAAGUUCUGCUUAUGGAGCCUUUGCCUCAAAUCAAUAAGGUGUUUUCAAUGGUACUUCAGCAAGAGAGAAAGAUUUGUGGAGCUGGAGUUCUUUUACCUGGGAAUAACACUAUUGAGGAUGGCACUGGUAUGGUGAAUGCUGUUGAUAGCAAUAAACAAUUUGGAAGAGGUAGAGGAAAUAAUGGAUAUAGCAGAGGAGGCUUCAGUGGUAAUAGCAAUGGAAGAGGUAGAGGAAAUUUCAAAGUUUGCACGCAUUGUGGCAAAAACGGGCAUAUCGUGGACAACUGCUACAAAAAGCAUGGUUACCCUCCAAACCCUGGAAGAGGUUCUUCAGCUCACAUUAAUCAAGUUGAAGCGAGUGGUGUGGCAACUGGAUCUUCAAAUGAUGAAGCUAACAUGACUUUAACCAAGGAGCAAUAUAAUAACCUCAUGAUGCUGCUCGAGAAACAAGCUUCAUCAGCAUCUGUAAACAUGGCAAAGGGAGGAAAGGAAGAGUUUGAAGAAGAUUGGUUCAGCUAAUGAACUCGAUGGAUUGUAUUACUUGAGCCUGAAGCAAGACACACUUCUUUCUACUAGCAACACAGGUUUUAUAUCAAGCACUUUUGCAAGUGAGAGGCAUGAAGAAACUGCACCUGCUGUUCUUUGGCACUUAAGAUUAGGGCAUUUAUCUCAUGAUAGAAUGCAAUGUAUUAGUACCAAAUAUAGUUACAUCCCAGCUAGUAUACAUAAGGCUUGUGAUGUGUGUCAACAAGCUAGGCAAAAACGAUUACCAUUCCCUAUUAGUAACAAUAAUGCUUGUAAUCUUUUUGAUUUGAUACAUAUUGAUA